AUGUCGUCGCAAGUGUUGCAAAAGCGCCGUGGCGGUAAAAGCACUGCCUCGCAGCCAGCAAGAACUUCUAAUUCUUUCGACGACGACUCAUUUACGCCUUCCAAAUCCGAUCACAAGAUCGGUAUCGACUCCCGAGACAUUGCAGACCGUCACACGUUGAAAGUGCCCUUUUUAACGCUCAUGGAGGAAGUGUUGUUGAUGGGAUUGAAAGAUAAAGAGGGCUACUUGUCGUUCUGGAACGACAACAUCUCUUAUGCGCUCCGUGGCUGCAUCUUGUUGGAAUUGGCAUUCCGUAACAAAAUCACCUUAGUGAAUGACCCGGCCAGACGUCGGUUUGACUUGAGCGACCGCUUGGUGGAGGUCAUCGACACAGAACCCACGGGUGAGGUGUUGUUGGAUGAGGCAUUGAAGAUCAUGAAGAAUGAUGAAGGACACUUGUCUGUUCUGAACUGGAUCGACUUAUUGUCUGGAGAGACCUGGAACUUGAUGAAAAUCAAUUAUCAGUUGAAGCAGGUGCGUGAGAGAUUGGCCAAGGGCUUGGUUGAUAAGGGAAUCUUGCGUACGGAAAGAAAGAACUUUUUCUUGUUUGACAUGGCUACCCAUCCAGUGGCCGAUAAAAUGUCCAAGGAGUAUAUCAAAAACCGUGUGUUGAGCUUGUUGACACAGAAAACUGUGGACUUGGACUCUUUGAGCAACGACCAGUACCCAGCAGACACUUCGUUCAGAUACUUGCGGACCAUUGCCUUGGUGUGUGCUGCGUAUGCUGCUAACGUGUUGGAGAACGUUUUGUUGUCGUUGAACUACGACAGACGUGACCAGGCCUUCUCCAGGGCUGACGAGUUGUUGAAUGACUACAGUGAGUAUCCUUUCAGCCAGAAGAGCCAGCUGAGCCCCUUAGGGUUGGGGUUGAACUUGAGCCAGGAAUUGAACAAGGAGAUUGAGCAGAACGCAGCUUCAGAGUUGCAGUUGGAGUUGGUGGCCGCCGUUUUGAGUGUGUUUGCCAGAAUGGACUCGAUAUUGUGA